AUGGCGACGAUAAAGGCCAUCGAGGCUCGCUCAGUCCAUCAAAUCCAGUCUGGGCAGGUCAUUGUUGAUCUGUGCUCUGUCGCCAAAGAGUUGGUUGAGAACAGUCUCGAUGCGGGCGCAACGACCAUAGAGGUUCGAUUCAAAAACAACGGGCUGGACCUGAUCGAGGUGCAGGAUAAUGGGAGUGGCAUUUCGCCGGACAAUUAUGAGAAUGUGGACGACGCGGCCUUUCGCUCAGCUUUGAAACACUAUACCUCUAAACUCUCCUCCUACGAAGACCUUACAAGCCUCCACACCUUUGGCUUCCGCGGCGAAGCCCUGUCUUCGCUAUGUGCCCUUGCCGACUUUCACAUCACAACUGCUCAAGCACAUCAAGCGCCUCGUGCCAAUCGGCUGGAAUUUGAAAUAUCGGGAAAAUUACGCAAGACUCAGAUUGUGGCUGGACAAAAGGGAACAACGGCAUCCGUGGAGGGUAUCUUCAAACGCCUGCCCGUGCGAAGACGAGAGCUAGAGAAGAACAUCAAGCGAGAAUAUGGAAAAGUGCUCAACUUGCUCCACGCCUACGCGUGUAUCAGUACCGACGUCAAGUUCAGUGUCAGGAACACUGUUGGCAAGACGAAAAAUGUGGUCGUCUUCUCGACGAACGGAAACCGCACGACAAAGGAGAAUAUUACCAAUGUGUACGGGGCCAAGACACUAUCGGCACUGAUCCCUCUUGAGCUGGAGCUCGAGUAUGAACCUUCCGGUCCCAUGAGGCAUCUCGGAGGUGGAGGACAGUCUCAUCAGCUUGUGAUCAAAGGACAUAUCUCUCGACCGGUCUUUGGAGAAGGGCGUCAAACACCAGACCGACAGAUGUUCUUUGUUAAUUCGCGGCCGUGCGGACUGCCGCAGAUUGCAAAAGCAUUCAAUGAGGUAUACAAAUCAUUUAAUGUUUCGCAGUCGCCCUUCAUUUUCGCCGACUUCCAAAUGGAUACGAAUGCUUACGACGUCAAUGUUUCACCGGACAAGCGAACCAUUCUGCUCCACGACGCGGGGGCCUUGAUUGAAUCACUCAAGGUUUCUCUGCUGCAAUUAUUUGAAGCAGCCGACCAGACAGUUCCGCAGUCACAAUUAGUGGGCUAUAAAUCCGCAAAGACAACGCCAAGACAGCAAGGACUAGGGUCGCUACCGGGUUUUAUCACUGCUCGUGAAGUUGCCCAGGAAAGCCUUGUCGGUACUCCAGUUCGGAAAGAGAGCCAUACUACCAUCGAUGAUUCGGACAAAGAGACCGGGGAACCGCCAAAUACUGCGGGAAGCAGUAUCAAAAGAUUCAUGAGCACGCAAAGUGAAGUCGGUGUGGUGGAACCCUUCUCAACGCCAAGUAGGUCUACACGAUCAUCGCGCCAGACGCCAUUACCCCCUACGAUUGAACCGCCUAGUUCCACCGGAUCCCGGCGUGGGUUCGAGGAUGAGUCCCAAAAUUCGCCAGUGAUGGCAUCACAUAAGUAUUCCGACCCACCAAGUCGUCACCCUUCCUCUCCACCUCGCAGACAACCAUCAGCAUCAGCUCGACUUCCAGAUGCGUCUGAAGAUCUGCCAAACAUUGUGCAGAAUGCGUUCGAUCGUAUGCGUCCUUGUCGACAGCAGCGUGAAAUGGCCACUAUUACGAUUGGCGAACACACAGUGACCUCUAUGAUUGGCAGCGCUCGGCCGCGGAAGCGCUUUACUGAUACUGGAUAUUUGUCGAGUGAUCCUCCCAAGCGAAAGCGAAGAAUACAUACCCCGUCUCGGCCUGGAAUUUUUGGGGAGCAAUUAAAAGCUUUUGCGGCGCGAGGAUCACAGGUCGAAGGCGAGGACGAAAGUGACCAUACCGAGGGAGAGGAGGAGGAGGAGGACGAGCCUGGAUUAGAAGAAGAGGAAGAGAAAGCGGAUGAUGAUUCCAACAAUGCAACAGAAACAGAGAGUGGAGUCUCUUUGAACAAGCGCCCAGAUACCCAGCAUGGGCGAGCUGAUGGGAAGGCUCAUUCAUCUGACAUCGAUCACACGGACGGCCUUCUGAACGUUGAUCCGCAGACGACUGGCCCCAGCAAUGACGGACAGAAGACAGCGCAAGAAUCAGCCAUUGUCACGGAAGAUGACGCGUUCCUUGACGAGCUCGCAAAGAAGGCGCAGGAAGAAGCAGUCGUUCAACGGCUGAUCCACCAGGCAGAAGAAAAAGCCGUUCUACCUUCUACUCACAACACCAGUCGUGCGAACAAGUUGAACAAGGGGGCUGCCCAUCGUGAUGCCACUGUUUCCCUAGUCAGCACUAUAGACACCUCGGCCCCUCAGCUCCGCGCGCAGAUUGAGCAGCUGCGACAAGGCAUCAGAACCCAUGAGAUGCCGUCUCAUCAAUUGGAUACAGAUAUCGCAGAUGACCAAACGGCAGAGGAUCGCCUAUCUCUCACUGUCAGUAAAACAGACUUUGCGCAAAUGCGUAUCAUUGGUCAAUUCAACCUGGGAUUUAUUAUCGCAGUCCGACCGGGACAUGAUCAAGAUGAGCUCUUCAUCAUCGACCAGCACGCGUCGGAUGAGAAGUUUAAUUUCGAACGCCUUCAAGCCGAGACGUCAGUGCAGAAUCAGCGUCUGGUCCGGCCCCAACGCCUCGAUCUCACCGCAGUCGAAGAGGAGGUUGUACUGGAGAACCGGUCCGCUCUUGAGAAGAACGGGUUCAUCGUGACUGUGGACGAGAGUGGUGACGAGCCGAUUGGCCGAAGAUGUCAGCUGGUCUCGCUGCCGCUCAGCAAAGAAGUCGUUUUUGGUUCGCGCGAUCUGGAAGAGUUGAUUGUCCUCCUGUCUGAUUCUCCCGCGACCAACAGCGUGUCGGUACCUCGACCCAGUAAAGUGCGGAAGAUGUUUGCGAUGCGUGCCUGUCGGUCGAGUAUCAUGAUUGGAAAAACUCUGACGAGCCGCCAGAUGCAGCGGGUCGUGCGGAACAUGGGAACGAUCGACAAGCCUUGGAAUUGUCCUCACGGAAGACCGACAAUGCGGCAUUUGAUGAGUCUGGGGUCGUGGGAAGGGUUUGAUGAAUAUCGAGACUUCCCGGAGGACACGGCGGUAGACAAGGAGGUCGGCGCCGGCGGUUUGGACAGGUGGAGGAGAUAUGUAGAAGAUGUACAAAGAGACGCUGCUGAAGAAGAUGUUGAGGCGGACGAGGGAGAUGCAUCAUAA